AUGGAGGGAAGAAGGGUGAAGGCUGGAUUCUUGGAUGGAAUCACAAAUAUAGUUCCAGCUCUCGGCGGUGUAAACAUCAAAGAACUGUUGAAUGAGGCAGCUGAUGAAAUGGGAGGGAAAGUGCUGUUAGAUUUUAAUGACACAAUGGUGAUAGGAUUCAAGUUUUUCUGGAGUAAAUCCAAUGCGGUUUUACCAGUUUAA